AUGUGCAUCAGACUUGAAGUUGUAAACGUGGCACGGCUCCUGCGUGGGUACGGUGACGGUCACGGCAGAACAGCGUGCGGCUGCCUGAACGGUGGGCGGUGCCGCGGCGGCGGCCGGCGUCCUUGCAAGUGCUCGCCGGGAUACACGGGCCGGCGCUGCGAGCAACCCGUCUGCCGGCCGGCGUGCCUGCACGGGGGACUCUGCCACAGCCCAGGCUUCUGCCGCUGUCCCAGGGGUUUCCGUGGCGACCGCUGCCAGCACGCUUGGUGUCCCGCGGGCUGCGGGCCCGGCCGAUGCGUGCCGCCCGGUCGCUGCGAGUGCCCCCCGGGUAGGGCCGGGCCUCGCUGCUGGGACCUCCAGUGCGGCACCGGCGCCGACAGCGUCGUCUGCCGGAACGGCGGCCACUGCGGACCCGACGGCUCCUGCGUCUGUGCCGACGGCUGGACCGGACGCGGCUGCGCCACGCGUGAGUAG